AUGCAGCUUUCUUCCAUUCUAGCUCUCGCGCUUCUGCCUAUGGGCAUUCUCGCGAACCCCGUCCCUCAGCCCGACGAGGUAGCCGAGCCUGCUCAGCUCUUCAAGCGGACUGUCCAAACGUGCUCCAUCAUCCGGUCUGCCGUGAAUUGCCGAAGGGGCCCGUCGACCAGCUCCGGGGUCAAGACGAAGCUUGCCAAGGGAGAGCAGCACAAGUUUGGCUGCGUUCUCAAGGGGAGUGCAUCACCAUUGACGGAUUUGGCAACUGAGCAGAUUGACGGCAUCGGUGAUGAGAGUCCUCACGCCGCUGCCCCAGCUGAUAGAUCGAAAACUAGAACUCGUCGCUGCGUAUCUCAUUCCUUCGGCAUUGUCACGACGUGCUUCAUGAUGUCAGACCCAAAGAACAGCAUUUACGUCAUUAACAAUUCCGGCCGGCAGCAAAGCUACGCCUUGUUCAACGACCUACCUCGUCUUUUCGGAGAGGCCGAUGCCGAAAUCUGGACAAGCGUGCUUGCGGUAUGCACGGUGCCGAAUGGAUCCCAGAAUGAAUUCACCAUCGAGAAACAAUGCUAUGCCUUCGUCGGCGCUUCCAACACCGCCGUCAGCUCCGGCGUCACGGGUGGCGUCAGAGGCCAGAGGAAGGUUAUCCUCGGCAUCAAGGCACUCGACGAGACCAUCACCUACGGAACAACCUUGCAGAUGGACGUCGUCGAAGGUGCACCCCAGUUUCUGCCAGAGGAGCUUCCCAAAGCCGCUCAACCUGGCGCUUUCGAGAUCAGGACCGCUGAUUCCACUGACGAGAACAACUUUACGUUCGAGAAUGCCAAAGCUAACAAUUGGAUCAUUGGCCUGGGCGGCUUCACGGAUGGAGUCAAGAUUGGGCCGCCAGCGGCGUACUUGGUCCCCAAGCCUGGGAUUUCCUAUCAAAUUCAGCCCUCCAACACUUACUACGUAUGCGUCGGUAAAUCUGAAACGGGCCAGGCCAUGAACGGGGCAGACUCAAGUCUCAAGGUAAUCAAGCUCGACUUUGCCAUGGGCACAAGAGAGCUUAUCGUUGUGCAUGACCAAGAGAACAACCUCGUCACGCAAUUGUAG